UCCUGCAGGGACAGCAUGCGGCUCGAGAAGUAUUACUUCUGCUAGGGAUCCAUCUACCCCGGCCACGGCAUGAUGUUUGUCCGCAACGAUGGCAAGGUGUUCAGAUUCUGUAAGUCCAAGUGUCAUAAAAACUUUAAGAAGAAGCACAACCCUCGCAAAGUCAGGUGGACGAAAGCCUUCAGGAGAGCGUUCGGCAAAGAGCUUACAGUGGAUAAUUCAUUUGAAUUUGAAAAACAAAGAAAUGAACCUAUCAAGUACCAGCGAGAGCUAAGGAAUAAAAUGAUUGAUGCAAUGAAGAGAGUAGAAGAGAUCAAGCAGAAAGGGCAAGCUAAAUUUAUAAUGAACAGGUUGAAGAAACAUAAAGAACUAAGGAAAGUUGAGGAUACUAAGGAAGUAAAGCAAAAUACCCAUCUUAUCCGUGCCCCUAUAGCAGACAAAGGAAAGCAGCUGGAAGAAAAAAUGUUACAGAAAUUACAACAGGAUGUGGACAUGGAAGACGUUUCUUAAUCCCCCCACCGUGAACCACUUUUAUACAGGCACUGGAAAAUCUCCUUUGGAGUCUUGGAAUUUUGAAAUCAUUGUUUCAUUUUGUCUUAUGUUAGUUCCUUCAAACGAAAGGUUUGAAGAUGCUUUUGCCUUGCUAUCUGCAAAGCUUAAGUGAGUAUAGAUAUUAGGUCAUAUCUCAGUGUAAACCCUUUACUGACAGAUAUACUUAAGUAAGUCUCAAAAAUUCUGUUGUAAAUAGAAAAGUGCAUUGAGAAAAUAAAGUCAUACUGUUUAAAUAUUGCAGUAUUUACAAACAAUUGAGAA